GAAGGGGGCGGAUGCGCAAGGAGAAGGACAUUAUGUGUGUAUCUACUUGCCAGUGUACUGUAGUAGAUGAUCUUCCCGGCCAUCAACAAAGGGUGAGAGAAGAACAACUGAAGUUAACCAUGGAGCAGUUUAAACUUCCUGAAAAGGAGUCGAGGCUCGUCAAGUUAGGAAACACUGUUUACAAAAUCAAGCUUGUUUACAUCAGUAAGAGCAAUCAAAGCAAACCAGAACUUCCAUGUGAUGCCAUAACUAUGCAGAUUGAAGUAGAGGAAGCAGUAAGAGUUGUUCUAACCAGUAACUAUGCUGCAGUGAAGACAGACCAUUUCCUCAUCCACAUAGAAAAGAAAAGAUGGCGGGCUGCCUCUCUCCUGACCUUUACCGAGGAUCACCAACGUCUGGACACCCAUCCCUUCAUGCUGAUGCUGAGGUUCCAGCCUAGAGAGGAUGUUGGUAACAUGCUAGCAGACAACCAAGCGAAGUCAUCCUUCGCUGAAUCGACUACGCAAACAACACAGGGUGGGCGCAAACGGACAAGACGUUAUGUUGUCAAGGAACACUCAGCUUCUGAUGCUAAGAAGUCAAGAUCUUCUGACAGAAGUGAGAGCGACAAAGGUCAAAGUUUACUGAGAGAAGAAGCCAGGGUGGGAGUGAAGGAGACGGCGACUGUCCAAUCAGCAGUGAGUCAUAGCCGUUACUUACUGCGACGAGGUCCAAUAAAAGCCACUGCCCCGAUCACUAAAGUACAGCGACAACCCAAACGGCCGCAGGAGGAAAGGGCUGAAUAUCAUCUCCGAUCUAGGGAUUUAGAAUUGACGUCCCAUAAUGAAGAUAGAGAGAAGAGUGACGCACCUACCGUUAGAACUAGGAGUGGUGAUGGGAACAGUGACAGAGCAGGUAGAACACAGGACCAUCAUGGGGAGGCAUUCCAUCCAAAUGAAGAGGAGCUUCCUGCAUAUCCAGAAGGUGGGGUUGAUGAACAGAUGGACAGGCACGUCCAACAUCCUGGAAGACGCAACGAGAACCAGUUCCAGCACGCCGAGCUUAUUAGAUUGCAGAAGUUAGCCGGUAUUCCACGGAGACCUCUGCUUCCACAGUCUACUCAUUAUCAGCUGCGACCCAGGGGGACGUUUGGACGAAUAAUAGAUGCUUUGAUGACUCCAGUAAAGAACUUAUUUGACCAAUAAGAUGAAGUUAGAGUGACCUGUCUAUCGAGACUACUGCAACUACUGUCCAAGAGCCAUGUCCAGAACAAGUGUCAAGAUACACUGACAGUUCUACCAGUCCUUCGUUGUGAAAAGUUGGUAAAGAGACACACCGAGGGCCCAGUUUCAUAGAGCUGCUUAAUG